AUGUCGCCCGGCACGUCUCGUCCAGCCAAGACAUCUUCGUAUCCCAAAGUCUCUCGUGGCUUCGUUCCACCCCAUCUCGCUAGCCGACUCUCCCGCUUCGCCUUCACAGAUGACCCGCAGUACGCGGAGCGCACUCCUCCCGAAUUCUCGCUCGCGUGCGAGCAGAUCUUUCGCCUGAUGCCAGAUGACUUCUGGGUUACCAAGCGCAGCGAGAUGAACAAGUUGAAGGAAGAGCGGAACGUCAUCCGUUCGCGCUUGCGAGAAGGCAAGGGUGUUCGCAGCGAGCUGCUCAAGGUCAGCGAGGACAUGCGACAGCGCUUGGGAGAACUGGCGAUGGGCUAUGUCGUCCUCGACUACGCUCGCUACAACUUCGCCAUUUACCUUCACGAACGCGGUGUUGUCAGCGAAUAUUGGUGGCAGGCUCUUGAGGAGUUCGCCGAAGGCGCAGCUGGAGGACUCUCGCUUUACUGGCCAGCUUCGGCGCGGCGGGAGUGUACGGAAGGAGCGAUGAUCACGGCCAACUUCCCCCGCCUCACCUCGCUUUCCUCCACUCCCUCCUCCAGGUCUUGCUUCAAAGCCGCCCAUACCCAUCGUUACCAUUCCGCCUCGUCCCCUCCCCAGCAGCAGUCCGACUCUACCGCACUUGUGCCCGAUUCGCCUUGCGCAAGACACUCGGCUGUCUCUGACUACAGUCACCUUGUUGAGCUUGUCGACUCCGUCAACCUUGUCGACGUCAACAGCUAG